AUGAAGUACUUGGACGCCGGGGCAGUUACUGUGAAGUACUUAGAUGUCGGGACAACUCCAUCAUUUAUGGAGGAAACGGAUCCGCGUGCCGAUUCACUUUACAACGUGAAAACGGAGAUUGCAUUUCCAAAACGUGUGGACGAAGUGAAUUACCGUUGUACGUCAGCCGAAGUAAACACGCAAGAUUGGAGCAAAGAGUAUCUCGAAGGGACCCCUCCCACUCCUUCGCCCUCGGCCAUUGCUACAUCGCCAGAAUCGUACCGAGCGCAGGAUUAUCUGACACUGAAACAACAGGCAACAAGCGAAUCACCGGAAUCCAGCUCACCGGUUAAACCCCAAAUGACCAUGCUGUUUGCUGGUGGCGGUGGUGGUGGUGCAAAACAAGCAUCGAAAACGGGAAGUGACAAAAACGCCAGUGCCAAAAAACUGGGUAGUUCGCCAAGAAGUCAACCGGAACGGAGCAGCGAAUCGAUGAGGCUAAAACUGAGGCGACUACAACGACGAAUAGAAGAAAAUGUACGACAAAAAACCAGUGGACGAAAGUCGGACACGACACAGAGGACAGGGCAGACAUCGCCCCUAAAAAAGUGA